UUUUUUUCAUCAGUGAUAAAGAAAAAAAAUAUUAAUUCAAAUGUGUUCGAAGUCAUUAUCACAAUUAACUGAGAAAAAGAUUUUUAAAAACCCUCUUUGUGGUAUCUGGACACAUGGAGAAAUCACUGAAUGCGAUGUCAAAGAAAAUGUUUUAGAAGAAACCUUUGAUAACAAUUUUAUGGAAACACCAAAAGAUGUCGAAUCGAAUUCAGAAAACCGUCCAGUGUAUCCCAGCAAUAUUGAAGAAGACAUCGACAAAACUGAUUAUUUCGACAGUGAGGAUGAAUACUGGGAGAAUCAUAUAUCGACACAAGAGGAAGAGUUUUAUUUAGAUGCAUAUGGAGAAGAAUAUCGCCCUCUUUCUACGGGAACAAGGAAUAAUGGAAGAUUCAGUAAAGGAGUUGAACAAUAUAUGAACAUGGCAGUCUUUCAAAAGUCUUUGAGAAAGUUCGCAAUUGAUAACAAUUUUGAAGUAAAAGAUGUUGUUUCCGAUGGGAACUGUUUGUUCCGGGCUGUAGCUGACCAGUUGAUGGUAAAUGGAUGCCUUGGACACACAGAGGAGUCUCUCAGACAAACAGCAGUACAAUAUUUGAGACAGUGUCCUUUCCAAGAAGACAAAAGUCACCCCUCUUCCUUUUUAUUAGAAGAAACAUGGUCGGAAUAUUUAACAAGAAUGUCGAGGUCCGGUGAAUGGAGCGACCACAUCAUUUUACAGGCUGUCGCUGAUAUGCUAUUCCUUGAAGUCAUCGUCUUCAACGUCUAUGAUGACGACAUAUACCGGACUGAAGUCAAAGGAAAAAUUAACAAAUAUGAUCAAAAUCGAUUGACAAUAUUUCUUGGUCACCUUGGAGAGUUCCAUUAUUUGAGUUUGCGUCCAAAACUUUGGCAAAAGCACUGGCCUUUUAAAGCGUUGAUACUAAGGAUUCUAGCUUGUUCAAAAGAUUUGGAUCCCAAGAUAAAGGAACAUCUUAUAAAAGAAAAGGCUAAAAGUAUGGAAGAUGAAAGAUACAUACUCAAAACCACACUGAAAGAUAUAACUGAUUUUGCAUUACAAAGCAUACAUGAAAAAGAAACUGUAGAAGAAAAAAUGGAUGAGAAAAUGAAUAACUGCAGCAAAAGCACCUCUCGAUCAUACAGUCCAGUUGAUCUACAGUUAGAGGAAACUGAAGAGUCAAUCCAAAGUCUAACAUGGGACAAUAUGCAUAUCGAUCCUCUCACGGGAAUACCAAUAAUACAUUUAUCGUUUAUAAUGAAAACUCUCCUGUCUAAAACACUAAAAAUUACCUACAGUACAGCAGAUGGACGACUACUCUUUAAUAGGGAUGAUCCGGAGGCAUUAUAUCAUUUUAGAGGUCAUUGUUGUAAUCCAUGUUAUUUCACAUUAAAAGACAUAACAAGAUCGCAAAAAAUGCAACACUUCUACAAUAAAAACCAUAGAAAGAAGCCAAAAGCUGUUGUUAUCAGAGCAGACAGAUCAAUCCCAUUUGCAGUUCCAGCGUUCCAACAUUUGUCAUCACAUAUUAUGAGUGAAGAGACCUCAGAUACCCACCCUGGCUACUGCAGACUUAAACUUCCAAAAAGUCAAGCAACAUGCGCAGAGGAAAAUGUUUUGCAAAUUGGAUCAAAUGCUUAUUUACAGGCAUACGACAUCCCCCAUAGUCUUCAGUCCCGUCCCUAUUUCUGUCAAACAGAUAUACAGUAUAUAGGUAUUCUUUGCUCAUUUCCUUCGAUGACUUGUGAGUGGAGGGAGAGAAAAAGGAACUUCGAUUUUCCGUCGCCUGAUCUCAUUUACCGUAUUUUGCAGACAGGUUGCACGUUAAUCCCCAAACCUCACCCAAAAAGUAAAAAUCCUACGAUAGAAUGGAAAUACAAUUUCUCCAUGGCAAAGUUCAUUAUCAUUGAAAACCUUACAGAGACACAGCAGUAUGGAUAUUUUAUCCUGAAAGUGUUACUCGAAAAUACGACAUUUCAUCUCAGUCAUUCUCUAAAAUUAAAGCACUUGACAGCAGUCUUUUUACGUUCAUGUGAGGAAAUGCCACCCAGCGCUUGGGACACUUCCUUCAGUGGUUGCGUACUGUAUGUCAUCAGUAAACUGAUAUCCUGCUUAAAAGCUAGGUUUCUGCCUCAUUACUUCAUUCCAACCAAAAACCUAAUUGACUGCUUGUUAGAGGAAGACAUUGAUGUUCUGUGUAUCUCCAUUGAGUCCAUCCGAUUUUUUCCGGCACACAUAAUCCAGUUCGUUGCUGAAAAACAUGGAUAUAUGUAUGGAGCAAACUUGGUCAGAAAAGUUCUUUCAGACAUUCCAACGUUUGUGCAAACAAUGAAUUUAAGGGCCACCGUCGAAAAUACGUUGAUUUCAACAUCCUUACGCACCGCAAAGAUUCUCUCGAGGAUGGGACUUUAUAAAUCAGUAUCCCAAGUUUUAGGAGACACAUAUGAACAUUUGCUUCUUUUACCAGAUUCAGGAGAGAAUACUCCUAACCUUUUAGAAUUUAUUGAAGGUUCAAUCAAUCAAAUUAACCAACGUUCAUCUCGAAUCAUAGUUGCAAAAGAGUUUGACCGAGAAUUUGGAGGAAAUCUGGCGGCUAAAUAUAAACCAGAGGGUGUUUUACUACUAGAAAACCUCAUACCCUGGAGUGUAGAUGAUUCAAUUAGUUGGUUACCAAUCCCAAUGGACAAAGCUGUAGAUUAUACGUCUAUAGCAAAAUUUCUUUAUGAAUACAGUCUUACAGAGUAUGACAAAAGGAAUGUCACGUUAAGUUUACCUGCUGUCGAAUCAGCCAUACGCUGUUUGAAACAUGCAAUCGAACAACAUCCCUUUGAAGUGAAUACCAUUGAAGAUGAAACAUUGAAAGGAGAAAUUAUUUUACAGACUCGAGUUCUAAAGGAGAAACUAAAUCACUACUACAUACACCUAUUAUUUGUUUCAGAAUUAGAGUUGCGCAUAUAUCCUUUGAGGAAUUAUAUGAGCGACAUAGAGAAACAGUGUGAGGAAUUUCCAAACAUCUCCGGCAUGGUCAGAGAAAUGUUUCACUAUCUUAGAAUGCCUGAAAAGAAAAAGGAAUAUGAUAUAAAAUUCAGAGCCUAUCUUUCAGAAAUCGGAGCUACAACCACCAGAGAACUAAGUUGGGAAACAGGAAAAUAUUACUGAGUGAUGUUCAAUAGUACAAGUGAUUUUGUGAUGACCAUCAUUGAAAUACCCGUUAUUAUUUCAUCAGCAUCACGUUAUUUCAAGAUGUUGUUGCCUGGGUUUGAACUGCACUUUCAAUGAAUUUUAAAAUAUUAUUUCAAUAGUGACAGUUUUUUUUUCAAUCGUGGUUGCAGCAGUUGGCCA